AUGGCCGCCAUUCUCAAGCUCCAGCGCAAAUAUCCUCAAUUCCCGCAGAACGAAAUCUUUCAGCUACAAGAUGCGUUCCGCAAACUCGAUGUGGACGACAAAGGCUACUUGGACGAGGCGACCGUCAUCAAGGCGACCCAACAGUCCGAGCGAGAGUCUUACGACGUGGUCAGGCAGGCCCUGAAAGAGGUCGAACUGGACAGCUCAAGAAGAGUCGAACUGGAGGACUAUGUCGACCUAAUCGCCAAGGUGCGCCAGUCUUCUCCGGCUCAGAGACGCAUAUCCGUUGGGCCUCAACAGCGGCCAGCCAACGUUGGAGGCAAUGGGCUGCCUGCGGCUCCAGGACAUGCUUCAAAGCCCAGUCUCGGCGGUGGUGGGAGAAUCCAAGUACAGGGGUCAUCGGCCAAUGUCACCCACACGAUAAACGAAGAAGAGCGGACUGCCUUCACCACCCACAUCAACGCCGUCCUUGCCGGUGAUCCCGACAUUGGACAUUUGUUGCCGUUCCCCACCGAUACCUUUGAGAUGUUCGACCAUUGCAAGGACGGUUUGGUUCUGUCAAAAUUGAUCAAUGAUAGUGUGCCGGAUACCAUUGAUGAGCGUGUAUUGAACAAGCCAGGCAAGAAAAUCAAGACUCUCAACGCAUUCCACAUGACAGAGAACAACAAUAUCGUGAUCGAAUCUGCCAAGGGUAUCGGCUGUUCCGUGGUCAAUGUUGGCGCCGGCGACAUCAUUGAGGUCCGAGAACACUUGAUCCUAGGUCUGAUCUGGCAAAUCAUCAGACGAGGUCUAUUGGGCAAGAUCGACAUCAAGCUGCACCCAGAGCUCUACCGGCUGCUGGAAGACGACGAAACCCUCGACCAAUUCCUACGUCUGCCACCCGAGCAGAUCUUACUGCGCUGGUUCAACUACCACCUCAAGAAUGCCGGCUGGGGGAGGAGAGUGAACAAUUUCUCCGGCGACGUCAAAGACGGCGAGAACUACACCGUGCUCCUCAACCAACUGAAACCGGAUAUCUGCUCCCGUGCUCCGCUACAGACACGAGACCUCCAUCAGCGGGCCGAAGAGGUCCUGCAAAAUGCAGAGAGAAUCGACUGCCGAAAGUUCCUAACUCCAACUGCACUUGUAGCAGGAAACCCCAAACUCAACCUGGCCUUCGUCGCCAACCUAUUCAACACACACCCAGGUCUCGACCCGCUCGAGGAAGGCGAGAAACCCGAGAUCGAAGACUUCGAUGCCGAAGGCGAGCGCGAAGCCCGUGUAUUCACCCUUUGGCUGAACAGUCUGGACGUCCAGCCACCUGUGAAUUCAUUCUUUGACGACCUGCGCGAUGGCACGGUUCUCUUGCAGGCGUACGACAAGGUCAUUCCUGGGAGUGUUAAUUUCCGGCAUGUGAACAAACCUCCCGCACACGGUGGGGAAAUGUCCCGCUUCAAGGCGGUCGAGAACACGAAUUACGCUGUAGAACUGGGUAAGCAGAACCGCUUUUCCCUCGUCGGUAUCCAAGGCGCAGAUAUAACCGAUGGUCAACGGACACUUACGCUCGGCCUUGUAUGGCAACUCAUGCGCCGGGACAUUGUCAGCACGCUCUCUGGACUCGCUCAGCGCAUGGGAAAACGCGAACUGUCGGAUUCAGACAUGAUCAAGUGGGCGAACGACCAGUCUCGCAAAGGCGGCAAAUCAUCUUCAGUUAGAUCGUUCAAGGAUCCUGCGAUCACCAGCGGUAUUUUCCUCCUAGACGUCUUGAACGGCAUGAAGGCCAAUUAUGUCGACUAUGAACUUGUGACGCCAGGGAAGACGGUCGACGAUGCGUACGCAAACGCGAAGCUGAGUAUCAGCAUUGCCAGAAAGCUUGGCUCCACGAUCUAUCUCCUUCCAGAUGACAUCGUACAGGGACGGGCGAGAUUGGUUACCACGUUUGUCGGCGCUCUGAUGAGAACGGCGGAGAAGAUGGGCGCUUAA